UAAGAGGAGAAAUGGAAUCAAAGCAUAUGUUGAUGUCUGCGUUGGGAGUCGGUAUAGGAGUAGGAGUGGGGUUUGGAUUGGCGUCGGGGACACAGGCCGUCGGAAAAUGGGCCGGCGGCGGCGGCGCUUCCAUUAUGGGCGGCGGCGUUUCGGCUAAGACGAUGGAGGAGGAGAUGCUAGGCCUCAUCGCCAAUGGAAGGGAUAGCAAUAUCACCUUCGAUCAAUUCCCUUACUAUCUAAGUGAACAGACGAGGGUGCUGUUAACAAGUGCUGCAUUUGUUCAUUUGAAGAAAGGCGAUUUCUGUAAGCACACAAGGAAUCUAUCUCCUGCAAGCCGAACAAUCUUGCUUUCCGGUCCUGCUGAGCUGUAUCAACAAAUGCUUGCCAAGGCUUUAGCUCAUUACUUUGAAGCCAAUUUGUUGUUGUUAGAUGUAACCGAUUUUUCAUUGAAGAUUCAGAGCAAGUAUGGAUGUUCUAAAGAAACUUCUUUUAAAAGGUCUAUAUCUGAAACAACAUUGGGCCGAAUGUCGGAAUUACUGGGAUCAUUUUCAAUACUUCAGCCUAAGGAGGAAAGUAUAGGGACACUACGCAGGCAAAGCAGCGGCGUCGAUCUUGGAUCAAUUGGACAAGAAGGAUCUAAUCCUUCAAAGCUGCGGAGAAAUGCAUCUGCCGCAGCAAACAUCGACGAUCUUGCUUCGACAAGUGCACCUACAUCUUCAGCUCCACUUAAGCGCGCAAGCAGCUGGUGUUUCGACGACAAGCUUUUCAUGCAGACACUUUACAAGGUUCUCGUUGAAGUAUCGAAAACCAAUCCCAUUAUACUAUACCUGAGAGACGUCGAGAAACUGCUCUGCAGAUCACAGAGGAUAUAUAUAAUGUUCCAGAAAAUGCUGAAAAAAUUAUCCGGAUCGAUACUUAUUCUCGGAUCAAGAAUCGUUGACCCUGAAAAAGACUACAGAUUACUAGACGAGAAAAUUUCAUCCGUAUUCUGUUACAACAUCGAAAUAAAACCACCGGAAGAUGAAACUCGUCUCGUGAGCUGGAAGUCACAGCUGGAGGAAGAUAUGAAGAUGAUUAAAUAUCGGGACAAUAGAAAUCAUAUUAGUGAGGUAUUAGCUGCUAACGACCUCGAUUGUGAUGAUUUGGGCUCGAUUUGUUUGGCGGAUGCAAUCGUUCUCAGCAAUUAUAUUGAGGAGAUUGUGGUUUCGGCUAUCUCGUACCAUUUGAUGAAUGCUAAGGAGCCUGAGUAUCGAAAUGGCAAACUUGUUAUAUCAUCUACGAGCUUGUCGCGCGGUUUACGUAUAUUUCAGGAAGGUAAAUUUGGUGGUGAUAAGGACAGUUUAAAGCUUGAAGCACAAGGCGAGGUGUCAAAGGAGAAGAAGGUAGAUGCAGAAGCUGCGAGAUCGAAGACUGAAAUAAAAGAUGAAAAAGCCGGAAUUGCGAGCAAGAAGAUCGAAGGAUCUGCCGUUGCAAAAAAAACCGAAACCCCACCGGACAACGAAUUCGAGAAACGUAUCCGACCCGAAGUAAUACCCGCCCGCGAAAUCGGCGUUACAUUCGCAGACAUCGGCGCACUAGAUGACAUCAAAGAUUCCCUACAAGAGCUCGUAAUGCUACCCCUCAAAAGACCCGAUCUUUUCGAAGGCGGCCUUUUAAAACCGUGCCGAGGAAUACUCCUCUUCGGUCCACCUGGCACCGGCAAGACGAUGCUCGCCAAGGCCAUAGCGAACGAAGCCGGAGCGAGCUUCAUCAACGUUUCGAUGUCGACUAUCACUUCCAAGUGGUUCGGUGAGGACGAAAAGAACGUUCGGGCGUUGUUCACGCUUGCGGCAAAAGUGUCACCGACUAUAAUAUUUGUGGAUGAGGUCGAUAGCAUGCUCGGGCAUCGAAAUCGAGCGGGCGAGCACGAGGCUAUGCGGAAGAUCAAGAACGAGUUCAUGACUCAUUGGGACGGUUUACUCACGAAACCCGGUGAGAGGAUACUUGUUCUUGCGGCUACUAAUCGACCGUUUGAUCUCGACGAAGCGAUCAUUAGGCGAUUCGAGAGAAGAGUAAUGGUCGGGUUACCGUCCGUGGAAAACAGAGAGAAGAUCUUAAGGACACUAUUGUCCAAAGAGAAAGUCGACGAAAGAUUGGACUUUGCGGAACUUGCAACAACGACGGACGGAUUUAGUGGAAGCGAUCUAAAGAACUUGUGCGUAACCGCCGCUUACCGACCUGUUCGUGAGUUGAUACAGCAAGAGAGAUUAAAAGAUCAGGAAAAAAAGAAGCAUAAAGCCGAGGAUUCGGAGAAGAAGGAAAGGGUGAUCACUAUCCGACCUUUGAACAUGGAGGAUUUUAAGGAAGCCAAAAAUCAGGUUGCAGCUAGUUUUGCAGCAGGAGGGUCGAUAAUGGCGGAAUUGAAGCAAUGGAACGAUUUAUACGGUGAAGGUGGUUCCAGGAAGAAGGAACAGCUAUCUUAUUUCUUAUAA